AUGCACUGGGCGAAGGUAGUAGGGUCGGCAGUGGGGGCUGCCGCCAUCUUGGCUCUGGGGAUCAUCCUGGGCCACUUUGCCAUCCCCAAAGCCGCUGACCCACCAGACCCCCAGGACCUGGACCAGGAGAUCCUUAAAACUGUGCUUGCACAGCUGGAUGCCAGCAAGAUACGGGAGAACCUUCGAGAACUCUCCAAGGAGCCGCACCUGGCCUCCAGCCCCCGAGACGAGGCCCUUGUGGAGUUCAUUCUGCAGCGCUGGAAGGAUCAGCUCUCCGGCCUUGAUUCAGCUGUGACUUCCACAUACGAGGUGCUACUGUCCUUCCCCAACCAGGAGCAGCCCAACCUUGUGGAACUUGUGGACUCCAAUGAGACCGUCCUCCACUCCUUCCAACCCAGUGAGGAGAACGUGACCGGGGAGCAAGCAGGACCUAACGUGGUGCAACCCUAUGCAGCCUAUGCUCCUCCUGGAACCCCAAAGGGCCUCCUCGUCUAUGCCAACCAAGGCACAGAAGAGGACUUCAAGGAGCUGCAGGCACGAGGCAUCACACUCCAAGGCACCAUCGCCCUGACACGCUAUGGGGGCGCUGGGCGUGGGGCCAAGGCAGAGAAUGCAGCCAAACAUGGUGUGGUUGGGGUGCUGGUGUACACGGACCCUGCCGACAUCAACGAUGGGAAGAGCUUGCCCAGUGAGACCUUCCCAAACUCCUGGGGCCUACCUCCCUCUGGCGUGGAACGAGGCUCCUACUACAAAUAUUUUGGGGACCCUCUGACUCCGUACCUACCAGCCCAUCCUGCUUCUUUCCGCCUGGAUCCUAACAACACCUCUGGAUUUCCCCCAAUUCCUGCCCAGCCCAUUGGCUUCCAAGAUGCGAAAGAGCUGCUCUGUAACCUCAGUGGACCCUCGGCUCCAGACUCCUGGCAGGGGGCGCUGGGCUGUGACUACAAACUGGGGCCUGGCUUCUCCACAAAUGGAGGCCUCCCGGCAGGCAGCAUGGUAAAACUGAGUGUCCACAAUCGCCUGGUGCUGAGGAAUUCCUCCAACGUCCUAGGGAUCAUCCGUGGGGCUGUGGAGCCUGACCGCUACGUCAUCUAUGGAAACCAUCGGGACAGCUGGAUCCAUGGUGCUGUGGACCCCAGCAGUGGCACCGCCGUACUCCUGGAGAUCACUCGCGUUCUGGGGACACUGCUGAAGAAGGGCACCUGGCGGCCCCGCAGGUCCAUCAUAUUUGCCAGUUGGGGGGCAGAGGAGUUUGGGCUCAUUGGCUCCACAGAAUUCACUGAGGAGUUCUUCAGCAAGCUGCAGGAACGGGCGGUGGCCUACCUCAACGUGGACAUCUCCGUGUUUGCCAAUGCCACCCUCCGGGCGCAGGGGACGCCCCCGGUACAGAGUGUCAUCUUCUCUGCAGCCAAAGAGAUUGGCGCACCAGGUCCCAGCGGGCUCAGUAUUUAUGACAACUGGAUCCGGUACUCCAACCGCAGCAGUCCCGUGUACGGCCUGAUCCCCAGCAUGGGCACUCUGGGUGCCGGCAGUGACUAUGCACCCUUCAUUCACUUCCUUGGCAUCUCCUCCAUGGACCUGGCCUACACCUACGACAAGAGCAAGACCUCAGCCCGCAUCUACCCCACCUACCACACGGCCUUCGACACCUUUGAGUAUGUGGAGAAGUUUGUGGAUCCCGGCUUCAGCAGCCACCAAGCUGUGGCGCGGACAGCGGGGAGCGUGCUUCUCCGGCUCAGUGACAGCUUCUUCUUGCCACUCAACGUCAGUGACUACAGCGAGACUCUCCGCAGCUUCCUGCAGGCGGCCCAGGACCACCUGGGGGCCCAGUUGCAGCAGCACAACAUCAAUCUGGGGCCUCUGGUGACGGCAGUGGAGAAGUUUGAGAAAGCAGCCGCAGCCUUGAUCCAACACAUAACAACGCUUCAGAGCAGCAGCCCAGACUCCCUGCAGGUCCGGACAGUCAAUGACCAGCUGAUGCUCUUGGAAAGGGCCUUCCUGAACCCCCGGGCAUUCCCAGAGGAGCAGUACUACAGUCACGUGCUCUGGGCGCCCCGCACCAGCUCGGUGGCCACAUUCCCAGGCCUGGCCAAUGCCUGCUCCAGGGCCGAGGGUACAAGCCCGGGAUCUGAAGCGUGGGCUGAGGUGCAGAGGCAGCUCAGUGUUGUGGUGAUGGCUCUGGAGGGGGCAGCGGCCACCCUGAGGCCCGUGGCUGAUCUCUGAUGCCAGCUGCGUCUGCAAUGCUUCCUUCAUCUUCCGCCUCUCACCUGGGUUUCCUGGAGUGGAGGCCCGGAGUCAUGCAACCAGGGGAUCCUCUGAAGCACCCGAGCACACGCUGCCAAUCAGACACCUGAAGACAGGGGCAGUCUCUCUCUCUCUCUGUCUGUCUCUCUCUCUCGCCACUUCUUGGAAUCAAAGUCACACUGAGGACAGGCCCCUGUGCAGUCAGUCUUUCCUCACACCCCCAAAUAAAGGAAGUCUAGCAACC